AUGGGGCAAAAGUCAAUUCGAUCGAUGCGACUGGACGAACUGCUCUACAUUAUGCAGCUAGCGGCCGUUCCAUAGAGAUUUCGGCCUAUCUUUUGGUCAGAAGGGCCGAUAUUUCGAUCAAGGACAAGGUUUGAUGAUUUCGAAAAGAUGAAGCUCAGUUUUAGGAUGGCGAUAAUGCUACGGAGAUCGCUCGAAGGAAGGGUGCUGGGAAGCUGGUGGAAUUGUUGGAAGCGCACCAAAAGGUUGGAAGAACUCGGGCAACGUCGGGAUGGAGGCUCAAAAAGGCCGUAAAAAGAGUCCCUUUAUCGAGAUUUUCAUUUUUUGGGAUUUUAAAGGCUCGAGAAAUGGUGGAAAAAGGGAGAGGCAGCAAAAAUGGUGCAAAAAGGCAGCAAAAAUGGACCCUUUUUCCACCUUUUCCGAUUUUUUCUACGAAGAAGGAGCAACACGGGCAAAGUCCGAACGGCUUUCAAAAAAAAAAAAGAAUCCAGAGCUCCUUUUUGAAUUUGAAAAAAAAGUCUCUAGGAGCCUACUCUUUUCCGCCUCCGUUUAAAAAAAGGUCAUGAAGCCUUUUUUUAAAGCCUUUCUCAACUUUGCCCGUGUAGCUCGUAAUUUUUCAGAUUUUCAAUCAGACAUAUAGGAAGUAAAAAGUGAUAUUGAAUACCCUACUGUUUGAAAAAAUUCUGAAUUUUUCGAGAAAGAGAUUUUUUUUUCCAAAAAGGUGUCUGCGUACACAAAGUUGCUUACCGUAAUCUAAUAUUGAUGGAAAUUGAUAAUGGCCUAUAGUCUGUUCAGAUUUUGAAUGUCAAGUGCAAUGACGUCAUUCAAAAACACUCUGUGGAUGGCUCGCUCUCUGAUUGGUUUAUCGCACCAUUAGGGGCGGAGCUUGAGCGACGACUUGACAUUUAAAACUUGAAUAGAUUAUAAAAACUCGAAAAUUUUAUCCUAAUCGCAAGCCUUCCUGACGGAGAAGUCCAUGUUAGCACAGGAAAAAUGAAAAUGACUUUUGUCCAUAGAGCAACUUUGCUGAAAUGAAUCAAACUUUUCGAUUUCACAGGAAAAAUGAAAAUGACUUUUGUCCAUAGAGCAACUCUGCUGAAAUGAAUCAAACUUUUCGAUUUCUGAAAUUAUUCCCUUCAAAUUUUGUUAGAAAGGCAGUUAGAAAAAAUACGAAUCCUCGGUUUUUACUUUAAAAAUGAUUACAUUCUCAGAAAGAAGAACUCUUCCGGAAUGCGUCCAAAAACGGCGACCUGGACGAAGUCCGGAUGUACAUCCGACGUGGGAUGAACAUCGAUUCAAGAGACCCGGAGAAUAAUCAGACCGCCUUGAUGUUCUCGGCCAGCCAAGGACAUUGGCUGGUCCUCAAAGAGCUCUUGAAAAGAGGAGCCGACGUUGACGCCAGAGAUAAGGUUGGAUUGAGCCCCUACAAGAGAGUCAUUUCACUUUGGGGUUGAAAAUUUGUUAGAUUCAUUGAGGAAUCUGAUGAAGAUUCUGGAAAUUUGAACCUGCACAGCUGUCUAGUUUUUGAGAAAGGAUACCUUAAACUUUAAGGCUUAAAGUCAAAGAAAACCAUCAAAGUUGGUCAAAAUUAACUGUUCUGAGCCCGUAUUUCUCGAAAACUAAAAAGUUGUGUAGGGGGAGACUUCCAGAAUCUUCUUUUGGUACAUCAAAGACAGUUCUGGCGGGAAUUCCGGAGAGUCUCAACCUCAAUGUGAAGCGUCCUUCAAACUGAGACUUUUUCCAAAUUAAGGUACCUCAGAAAAUGCAAUAUUUCUAGCCGCUCUUUGAUGUUUUGCUUCUAAAAUCUUGAAGAAUUGGUAUUUGAAGAAGUACUGUUAUAUUGGCAAGCGUUUCGGAAUCUCCCUUAUACGGUCUAGAGGAUAUUUUUCAAAACCCCUUCAGAUAAUCACUCUUUUUAAAUUCCAGAAAAAAAUCAAACUUCGUAAAAAUCUAUGUACAGUCUGUGUGCCACGACUUCGAAUUUCACGGAACGACAAUCCGCUGUUCCGCUGCGUCCGGUCGCGGAGCGUAUUUGCUAAUUUUCGUUGCGCUUUCAAUUGGUUAUCAUUGCUGGAGUAGACAGAUUUACACUGGGAAAACGUGAAAGUCGAGUAUUUGAAAAAAAAAAGAUUUGGAAGCGUGACCGAGAAUUGCAAAGACGCUUCGCGACCGCACGCUGCGAAACAGCGGAAUGUCGUUCAGUGAAAUUUCAAUCUGUGGCACACAGACUAUAAAACAUUAUUAAUUCAAUUUUUUAACUUAAAGGAUGGUCACACGGCUCUUCAUCUGGCCGCAGUUUCCACCGCACCUAAGAAAAUCUUAGCAAAGCUGGUGGAAUACGGAUCUGAUGUUGACGCCCCGUCGAAUUCUGGAAGAACUCCCCUAUACCUGGCUACGGCUCACAACCGGAUCAGUGCUCUGAAAGCUCUGAUCGAACUCGGCGCCGAUGUCAACUUUUGUCCAACUUCAAUGAAGGUUCUGUUCAUGAUUAUUCGCCUCGAAAGUUUCCGAGUCUCUGCGUCUCUGCGUCUCUCUAUUCCGAGGUCAGAGAAACAUGAAAAGAGCACGUGAAAACGAGAGGGUCGCCGAGAGACAGAGAGGGCGCAGAGAAGUCCUUUCAAGUCGCGAGAAAUGGUCUCUUCGCGUCGCGUCUCUGCGUCUCUGUCCCGAGGUCAGAGAAACAUGAAAAUAGCACGUCAAUAUGAGAGGGUCCUAUGCCUGAGACCGUUCUGUCCUGUAUCCUAUGUCACGAGACAGUCUGGUCUCUCUGCGCCUUCUUCUUUUACGUGCUAUUUCCUGUUUCUGUGACCUCACCGAGGGAAAAGAGACGCAGAGAGGUCAGGAUAAAUGAAAUCAGUACUUGCACACGAGAGAGAGAGAUAUAGCUGAUUCACGGCUGGCUUGAGCCAUCAAAAAAAAGGGUCCUGACACGAUAAUGCACGAGAUAGUGCCUGGAUCGUGGAGAGUGCAGAGAGACCACGCCCCUUAGCGUCUCAAGCUAACCGUGAAUCAGAUAUACCAUUUUUCCAAAGCAAGACAAAAUUGCAGGAGCAGUUCAUUCCAUUGCACGUGGCUGCUUACAACGGCUACUUUUUGGCGACGAAAUUAUUAGUCCAAUCGGGAUCGGAUUAUCAGUGGAAGUCUUCAAACAGUCAAACAGCUUUGUCGUACGCCGAGGAGAAGAAUCACGAAGGAAUCGUUCAAUAUCUCAAGUCUUUGAUUUGA